AUGAAACCCUUUGAGCAACAGGGCGUAGAGGGUUUUCGGGGUGUCAGCAGAUCGAGGAUUCGGUCGAGACAACGCUGCCUUCAAGUGGCUCUGUUCGGUUUCUUGUGCACGGCGCUUCCCGCCUGUGCUGUGGCUCAGACAAGCACUGCUUCGUCCCCUCCAGAAUCGGUUGAUUUGGACUACCAGAACUGGAAACCAUGUGAGAAGACUUCACUACAAUUCGCAGAGACUCUUACGCCAGAAGACGACGUUCACCCCUGUAUUCUGUACGACAUCCAACCAUCAUUCGCAUGGAACAACAAUAGUGAGAACAUCUUUUCUACAAACAAUAAUGCAAGCGCUGUCCCAUUAUUUGUGGUGACUCUGGUUCAAGUGACUCCAGCUGCCUCCAAUUGCCAAAAUGGACGCGAUGGCGCCGUCAUUAGUGUGGAACGGAUGAAUGCUGAAAACGAGGCAAGGGGUCAAGCCAUUGGGUUCCAAGAAAAUUCGUUUGUACAGUUUCGAUUGGUCUCCAUUGUGGCAGGACAUUCCGAUUACAUCAGUGGGGACCAUUACAAGGCGCGGCAUGCAACGGUAUUGGAUGCUGCAUUGACAGCACUAAAGCCACAAUAUGUUAUUGGGACCUGCUCCUUUGCUUCCGAUGCAGAAGAUAAAGUUGUCUUGCGUCAUCAAAUCAUGUUACUGGCACAGGUGGGACCGCCAAGUUACUAUCAAACGAACAAUCCCUAUCUGUUUGGGUUUCAUCUCAACAGCGAUGGAUACCCAUUGGCAGCUGCACGAGCCCUCAGUUUUGAUGUCCAAGCCAGAGACGGAACCCUGGCCAAUCAACCCGUCAAAGUAUUGUACCGAAAGAAGUCCGAGUUUUUUCACUCAACUUGUCGCUCGGCCAUUGACUCCUUGAAGAAAUUUGGAUUUACCAACAUCUUGGAACUCUUGUAUGAUCAUGAUGAUGAUCACGACGGAGAUGGCAUCAAGAAUCAAUUUGACGUUCAUUUUCUGAAUGAUUUGGCGGACCAAGCGUGUCCUCGUCAAUCAAACAGCAGCAAUGCAGAACUUCCUCCCGCCAUUUUCGCAUGUUUCCAGACAGAACAAGACAUGGUGUUUCAACGAUGGAGGGAAAAUGGAUGUUGUCCAAUGUCCAUUUGGCUGACAGCAGCGACCUGGGGUUGGGCGGCAAAGAAUAUUGACCAGGUCCCCUAUAUCCAAGGCGGUGGACAGUGGCAUCAAGCCUUCACGUACAGCGAUAGGUUCUUCUCCUCUGGACAGGAGCUGUUGGAAUUUGGCCAGCAACGUUUCGAAUACUUUGGAUCCUAUGAUUUCGUUGUCAGUUAUUCAAUUCCCACGCUCUUUGCAGAACACCUCAAAAGUUCCUAUCGGGUGGCAGACAAUCCAGAUCCUGCAGUGGAUUUUCAAACAGCAGACGGAUAUGAAAAGCUGCGACGCGACAUGGUGAUAUUAACAACAAAUACUUUGUUUGGUCCUGUUGCGUUUGACAAGAACCAACGCAACAUAGGAAGAGCUGCUGCUGCGACGCAGUGGCUUCCCGAAUCAAACAGUGUCAACAACAGCUCGUACUACAAUGCAUUGGUAUCACCAGCCGACCAAGCAGAAGCUCUCAUCACAGUGCCAUCUCCUAGUGCGAAACCAUGUCCGCCGGGGCAGUUCUCGAAUGAAACGAUGGUGGUGAAUGGAACCUCCCUCCUUACCAGCAAAUGUUCUACGUGUCCCCAGGACACAAUCACUUUUGUUCAAAAUAAUGACCCGCAAUGUUCUCCGUGUCCAGAAGGCACCACAACGCAAGGGCAAGAAGGAGAAACAAAGUGUUACGCUCAGGACAUGAAUUUGAUUCCGCAACCCGUAUUGAAUUUCGGGGCGGUCAUUUCAUCUUCGACUAUCUUGGCUCUCAGCCAACAAGCGGGGUUCGACGACGACAUAUCUGCUGUCACAACAGCUUGUCGGAUCGCCCCAUUUCUUUAUUGCAUUGGUUGGCCUCUUCAAUACGGCUCUAUCGCCUCCAAAACGUUCAGAAUAUAUCGCCUUGUUCGAACCAGGAGAUAUCGACGGGCAAGAGUAUCUGCGUUUGACACCAGUUGGAUUGUGAUACUGGUACUGCUGUUGGACAUGAUCGUUGUCACUUGUUGGACUAUUGUGGAUCCGCUCGAGUAUCGACGGGAAGUUUCGGAUACAUCAUUGAGCGAGGAAGACGGUCUGCCACUGGUGACGAUUAGCAGUUACGGCUUUUGCGCCGCACCAAAGGAUUCGAGCAUCUGGCGUUUUGCUGCUCCAAUUGCGGCGAUCCAUCUUCUGCUCAUGAUCAUCACGAACUGGACGCUUUACACUGUCAAGGAUUUGGAGGACAGAUACCAGGAGCAAAAGUAUGUCGGGCUGAGCAGCGCCUUUGUCUUUGAAGUUCUAGUAAUUGGAUUGCCAGUUUUAUUGUCCCUUGAUGACAACCCAAGUGCUUCCUAUUUGGUGCUCAUAUUCAUCAUCUUCUUCAAUGAUGCGGGCAUUCUGUUAUUCAUUUUCGUCCCGAAAAUGCACUUCCAGCGAAUUGGGCUCACUCCAGGCGUAGGAGUUGCUGAAUCUCUUCGACGGAGCACACACGAGAAAGCAGUUGACCGGCAGAAGAUGUUGAAUUUCCAAAGAGAGAUGGAACCGAAUGUGUGCAUAAUUGAAAAUGGCAAUGACAACAAUGAUGGAAAUGUGAACGCGGACUCCGGCGACUCAUUCGCUGUGUGUAGCACCUCAGAGUGCUUUGGCCCACCUCUUCCCCCGGGAAGAAUGCGAGAAUCGACCGAGGUCAUGGAGUCAAGUGGCACUCAUGUGACCUUGAAGGAUUCUGCGAUAAUGUCCCGCUCCGAUCGCAGCAAUCGCACUGCUGAUGUCGAGGAAAAUAUCAUCAGUGACUGGGAUACGAAGCCUGUCCAAGACAUGAUGAAUCAGGAAGUCAAGUUGGCUCUGGAGCAGGAAAACGUGCAGCUGAAGGAGAAAAUAAGGAGGCUGGAAAUGGAACUGGAGGCCUUGUUGCCGAGGUCGAUGGAAAGCCGUGGUUCGUAUAGAACAUGUGAUGAAUUUGAAGAUAAAGUUGAGCCUUAG